AUGCUGCCGCCGGCCCGAUGUCUGCUGGUGGUUCUGGUCUCCUCGCUGCUGCUGGGCUCCGGGCUGGCGUGCGGACCCGGCAGGGGCUUCGGCAAGAGGCGGCACCCUAAAAAACUGACCCCCUUAGCCUACAAGCAGUUCAUCCCCAACGUAGCAGAGAAGACGCUGGGGGCCAGCGGCAGGUACGAGGGGAAGAUCUCCAGGAACUCCGAGCGGUUUAAGGAACUCACCCCCAACUACAACCCCGACAUCAUAUUUAAGGACGAGGAGAACACCGGCGCGGACCGGCUCAUGACUCAGAGGUGCAAGGACAAGCUGAACGCCUUGGCCAUCUCGGUGAUGAACCAGUGGCCGGGGGUGAAGCUGCGGGUGACGGAGGGCUGGGACGAGGACGGCCACCACUCGGAGGAGUCCCUGCACUACGAGGGCCGCGCCGUGGACAUCACCACCUCCGACCGCGACCGCAGCAAGUACGGCAUGCUGGCGCGCCUGGCGGUGGAGGCCGGCUUCGACUGGGUCUACUACGAGUCCAAGGCGCACAUCCACUGCUCGGUGAAAGCAGAGAACUCGGUGGCGGCCAAGUCCGGCGGCUGCUUCCCGGGAUGGGCCACGGUGCACCUGGAGCGGGGCGGCACCAAGCCGGUGCGGGAGCUGCGUCCCGGGGACCGCGUGCUGGCGGCCGACGAGCAGGGCCGGCUGCUGUACAGCGACUUCCUGGCCUUCCUGGACCGCGACGACCGCGCCCGGAAGGUUUUCUACGUGAUCGAGACGCGGGAGCCGCGGGCGCGCCUGCUGCUCACCGCCGCGCACCUGCUCUUCGUGGCGCCGCCGCACAACGGCUCGGCCCCGGCGGGGCGCCGCGCGCUCUUCGCCAGCAGCGUGCGCCCGGGCCAGCGCGUGUACGUGGCGUCCGGGCGCGGCGGGCGGCGGCGGCUGCGGCCGGCCGCGGUGCACCGCGUGACCGUGCGCGAGGAGGCGGCGGGCGCGUACGCGCCGCUCACCGCGCAGGGCACCAUCCUGGUCAACCGGGUGCUGGCCUCGUGCUACGCCGUCAUCGAGGAGCACGGCUGGGCGCACUGGGCCUUCGCGCCCUUCCGCCUGGCGCACGCGCUGCUGGCCGCGCUGGCGCCCGCGCCCGCGCGCACGGACGGCGUUGGCGCGGCCCCGGCCCCGGCCCCGGCCCCGGGCGUGCACUGGUACUCGCAGCUGCUCUACCAAAUCGGCACCUGGCUGCUGGACAGCGAGACCAUGCACCCGCUGGGCAUGGCGGCCCCAGCCGGCUGA